CUUCCGGCAAAGAAGUAAGGGAUUUCUUUAGUUUUUCUUAUUCUUUCUCAUUCGUGAUUAUUGUCAACAUUACCGAUUUGUGUUUGUUUUGUUUCCUUAUCUCUUUUUUUUAUUUUAUUUUAUUUGUUUGUUUGUUGGUUAUACAGUUCACCAGCGGAACGUGACGGUAUGCUCCCGAAUAAAUGGAUCCGGCUGGUCAGAGCAGCGUGAACGUUAGCGGGCUACGCGUGCGACACGAGCCAUAAUGACAUGUCACGUUAGGAAAAGUCAGUCGGCAAGACAACGAGCCAAAAAGAUGCGAUAAAGAAGGGGUAUAGAGAAAAGAGGAGAAAAUGAGGUUAGAUCAGGAGCAAAAGAGGAGGAGCUGUUGCAUCCCAAAAAGCCCGUUGCCAUAUCGACAGGAGGGAGGAGGUACCGACUUGACGUUCGUUUAUAUGUACACAUCUAGACUCUGUGCUGCGCUGGCUGUUCUUACAUAUACAGUGGGAAGAAAAGCCAGUGACAAGAGGAGAGAAUCCAUUGAAUUAUUCAGCCAGUCUGCUUUGGGUGGCUAUGCACAACACACAGCAGUGGAGUUUCUAUAUCUACAACACAAACAGUCAUGAGUUCAUCUCUUGUUGUGUCGUGGUUCCGGGAUAAUGGACAUUGCGGGAAUUGGUAUUAGUAGUCGCAGUCGACUGUGCCAUUGUGUUGAGUUGACUGGCAGACAAAUAUCCGCCAGUCGACAUGGCUGACUUCAGCAGAGCGGAAGGCGUGAGCGGCGCAGGAGUGCCUACAACAAAAACAACAACAACAUCAUCUUCUUCUUGUAUUUCAUCUUUGUCGCACCAUCACCUUUCGUCCUCUAACAGUAUUCCCUCGAGGUCCACGUCGCUAUUAUUACCGCCCGUGUCACAGUCACAAUCUCAACACACCCUUUCCGGUUCUCACCGCGGCUCGGUCAUGUCCGGAAGGCCUCCGCGGCUGCAGACGAGUGCCGGAGUCAAGUCGUCGGGUUCGACAGUGAACAAGCCGGCGACAGAAGUGAUUUCCGCACCCGUCCCGACGCUGGAUCCCGUUCAUCGGCAAAAGAUCAUGCAACUUCGCCUUCAAGCUGCCAAAGCAUCCAUGAAGAGACAGAGCAGUCUUCGACGAGAGAAUAUACAUCGACUCGCCUUCUGGCUCUUAAGGACAUCCCUGUGGCUGGCCGGCAUUUUCAGCUUGACUGUAUUAAUUAUUGCCUUUCCAUUGGCGGUCGAUCCGGCCUUGGAGUCCAUUUGGAGGACGUUUAGUACCAAACCAGUCAUCUGUCUCACGACUGACAUUCAAAUCCAUCAUUCGAGGAAUCCGGACGGAUCCGUCAAAGGCAACGAUGCUUGCACGUGGACCUCUUGUCGCCAAGGAUGUACAGGGGAAUUAUUUAGAUGCGUCCAACUCUUUGCCAAUAUCAGCCGAUUGCCUUGGGACGUAUUGGAAUCUGCCAAUACGAGCCAAUGGAUUCGAUUAGAUUCUUCUACGUCUCAAAUCGAAUUGGGACGGCGCCUGAAAAGGUCUACCAACUGGGCCGUUAGCUGGGCCACCCAAAAUAAGCAUCUUUUCAACAAGAGUGCCAGCGCCAAUCAAUCGAUCAAUCCGCUCUACGAAAUGCAGCGUGAACACUCACGACGUCAAUACGCCCAGUUGGUGGAGGAACUCAAAGGCCAGCAACUCGAUGAUGAGAGAAAUGAGACGACGACGUCGUCCUUGUUUGAGGCCGUUAAUGUCCGGCUCAUGGUCAACGUCCGCGGUUGCGGUUACACGGUCGACUGUGCCGAUUUCCAUCGCACCGCGGGCGUCAUCGGCUCUCUAAUACCCUGUCACCUGAGCAGCCGGGCCGACGUGACCCCCUUGGCGGUUAUGGAACACAAUCCCGAACAGGAUCGCAAUAUCAUUCUUUUCCUAUUCACCGUUCCUGCCUGCGUUUUCGGCUCGGCCGUCUUCCUCCUUUGCUGCAUUCAUUACCAGUGCUGUCGCCCUCAACUGGCCAAAAUGAUGGCCAGCCGCUCUUCCGCCGAAUAUUCAGUCGCACGACUGAUUAUCAACAGUGGCAUCCAAUUUCAUCCACCGGCGACGACGACGACGACCACCAACAAUGAGCAACCAUCCAAUAACAUCAAGUACUGGGCGGCACCGACGGAAGAGACUUGUGUUAGCCCAGAAGCGCCAUUGGCAGCCCAGCAACUGAAUCAUCAGCUCACAUAAUAAUAGCUCAUCUCCUAUUUAUAGUCCCGAAUUAAAAGCACCAUUAUUUAGGAUUGUGGAAACUGUUUUUGAUAUAAAUGAACUGCUGUGUAAUACUCGAAGAAAAAAUGUACAAAACUUACGCAUCUAA